AAGCAGGCGGGCCCACAGUAUGAGGAGAGGAGAGGAGGAGAAUUACAUAAGUUCCUUUUUAAACAGCGAUCUUGUGAUUUUCAGAUACGUGUUUGUCUAAGCUCACAACAGUAAAGAUGGGGAACCGAGUCGUCCGUGAAGACUACGAGUGGGUAUACACGGACCAGCCGCAUGCCGACAGGAGAAAAGAGAUUCUGGCCAAAUAUCCAGAAAUCAAGUCCCUGAUGGGCCCUGACCCAAGGCUGAAAUGGAUUGUGUGCAUGAUGGUGGCAAUACAGUUUCUAGCUUUCUAUCUGGUCAAAGACUUGGACUGGAAAUGGGUUUUGUUUUGGACUUACGCGUUUGGCAGCUGCAUUAACCACUCAAUGACCCUUGCCAUUCAUGAGAUCUCCCACAAUACAGCCUUUGGAAACAACAAAGCCAUGUGGAACCGCUACUUUGCCAUGUUUGCCAACCUGCCCAUUGGCCUGCCCUACUCUGCCUCGUUCAAACGAUAUCACCUCGACCACCACCGUUACCUCGGUGGAGAUGGCGUCGAUGUAGACAUCCCCACUGAGUUUGAAGGAUGGUUCUUCUGCACACGCUUUCGCAAGUUCAUCUGGAUUAUUCUGCAGCCACUGUUCUAUGCUAUCCGGCCCCUCUGCAUCAACCCCAAGCCCAUCAGUCAGCUGGAGGUGACCAAUGUGACCUUCCAGCUCACCUUUGACAUCCUGCUCUACUGGGUGUGGGGGGCCAAGCCUGUGGUCUACAUGCUGGCUGGCUCUAUGCUGGGAAUGGGCUUGCAUCCCAUCUCUGGCCACUUCAUAGCUGAGCACUAUAUGUUCCUCAAGGGUCAUGAGACCUACUCUUACUACGGCUCCCUCAACCUGCUCACCUUCAACGUGGGCUACCACAAUGAGCACCAUGACUUUCCCAGCAUCCCAGGACGAAGGCUGCCAAUGGUGAAGAAAAUUGCAGCAGAGUAUUAUGAUGACCUGCCUCAGUACACAUCCUGGGUGAAGGUCCUGUAUGACUUCAUCAUGGAUGACGCGUUGAGCCCGUACUCUCGUAUCAAGAGGAGGCUGAAGGGAGAUGUCAAACAGGAGUAACUUCACUGAAAGCUUCACUGGAACAAAGCUGCAGUGUCCACCAUGACGGCAGCCAUAGUCGCAUUCUUAAAACCUAACAGCUUCUGCAUAAUAAUAUGUUCAACGUGUGGAAUCGGGGGGAUUGUUGUGCAUGAUUCUGAAAGUGUACUUUUCCUGAACCGAAACAGCAGAUGUUUUCAGUUACUUGCUGUCAGGACAGGUAAUUUUGGAAUAAAAAAAAAAAAAUUGUUGACUAAGGGUUGUUCCAGGCAAUACGUAGGGCUGGCUGCACAGAGAUAUGGGCUUUUAUCAAACAAAUUGUUCAACCUGUGGUGACACAGCUGAUUCACUGUUCAGUGUGAAUGAAGGAAGGCUAUUUAGUGGCUUACCCUCAAAUGUGGUACAGACAUUUCAAUUUCCCUCAGAAUGAAUUGUAAUCACUUUGGUGAUCUCCUUACUUUCAGUUUGUUACAUACUUUGGUUUAAGGCUAACCUGCGUGUGCUCAGGGCUUUUUUGCUGGUGUGUUAACGUGCACUGGAUGGUGAGUGCUCUUUAUAUGUUGUCUGGUUUCAGCAUCCCUGAAGUUAAUGUCGCCACACUGAUCAGUAAUGAUGAAAACAGCCAAGAAUACGAAACAUCUGAAUAUGAACAGACGGCUGAAAAAUGUGAUGCUUCUAAGACAAUUCAGGUGUAUUUGCCUCACCUGUACUUACUCUUGUAACACACUAAGGCUAAGAUGGCAGUUGUGGUUAACAUCAGCUAGGUAGCGUACUUGUAAACAUGUUAGUAUACUGAUGGUAGUACUUGCUACUGCAGAGCAGCACAGGCUGCCAGCAUGGCUGCACGCUCUAAAGUCUUGACAUACUGAUAAUAUAAAGCACACAACACUGUGUGACAAUGUCAGAAUAUUAAUUAAACUUUUGUGGAAACGUCUGUGUAUUGGCUGUGAGUGUGGUGCUCACUGUCAUUGUUAAAAUAAUUAGAAUCCAUCAGUGAUGUAGCCUGAACACAAAACAGUACACUUUGCUCUUAACAUAUUUAACUACAGUCUUUCUCCCUCUAGAGUUGUUACAUAUUUAGUGUCUGUUGCUUUAAGCUGCGUAUCACUGUUGAUCAGAAAAUAUGAGCCAUAAAAACUUUACAAGGCCCUUUUACCAAAAACCUUCAUGACUACAGUGGUGGCACAAAUGUUUACUGUGUCAGUGGACCCUACAAACUGGUUUCCAUCUCAUUGCUCACUGCAUAAUGGUGGUAAACCACUAAUAGAGCCAAUUACGCCUCUGCUUGCCUCAUGAUAGCAGCAAAAAUAUGUCUUUAUUUUUGACUUGAAUGUAUUAUUUGCAUUAGACGUCUUUGAAUAACACAAGAUUCAUGAUAGACCAGUCUAAGUCUUUGUGCAGCCCGCCCCAGAAAUGGUCAAAUACACACCCAACCAAAAAUGAGCCCCCAAGUUGAUCUACUUCUGUACAGUGACUGAGUGCUAACACUGCAUAUAGCCGAUGUGGCCUUGGAGAGUAAUAGUGUAGAACUAAAUGAACAAGAUGUCCUCGCCUUUUUGAGAGCAUGCAAUUGAAGGGUCAACAACACGAAAGCAGAUUUGCUAUUGGUCAAGAGCACCACUGUGUGUGCGUGUGUGUGUGUGCGUGUGUGUGUGUGCGUGCGUGCGUGUGUGUUGAAGUGGACCAAAGUUGAACUCUGUAAGAUCUUUCUCUGUGAUCUUGUUGCUUGAGUGUUGUGAGGCAGACCUGGGGGCUGAACUAUGAAGCGCUAUCAGCUUGUUUGCCUUGUUGAGCUUGUAGUCAGACACCAUGUUGAGUCCUGCUGUGGAGCUGACCUGAUCCAGCGCAGGCUAUGUUCAGAAUUCAGAUUUAAAUUAACUGGAAGAAGUGCCUCCCUUUAACCAAUUAGUUUCCCGAUGAUUCUUUGUGAGCGAUACAGAUUCUGAGCUGAGGGAAUGUGUUUUAUCUGCCAACCUGUUGAGCCAUAUGCCCUAAUACCACUGAAUGAAGCCAUGCAGUUACAGUAUCAUACACUGUAUGUGCUGCAUUGCCACAGGAUUGAUUUGGCAAAAAAUUAAAGGGAUGCUCUGCAUUAUGAGCCAGUGUCAGACCUAAAUGUACUUCAAUUGAUAUGUUUAAAUAUAGAAAGUUUAACAGCUCUAAUGCGCAGCUCUCAUGUUAGAAAUACGCAGCUGCAUUGAUCGGUAAAAAACAUUAGCACACGAGUAACAGUUUUCUACCAGCAUUCCUCUGCAUCAUUUGCAGUAAAAGUACGUUGCUUUCGAUUUAAACAAGCUGUUGACUGAAGUAGGUAACAUGCCAUCGGUCCAUUUUAUGUACAAGAAAAGUCACAAGUCGCUGUAAACGCUCCUUCAUUUAAAGCAGAAAGCCUGAGUUAACAGAACUGUGAUAGCUGUUCUCUCUGACUGGAGUUUCGUUGAUCACAGUGUGGCUAACUUGCUUCAUGGUUCACCUCUCAGGUCUGUUUGGCAUCACGUGUCCAUAGGUUAUGGAAAGACUUGCAGCAGUUGCUUUACAUGUUACAGAUCAAACUGCUUAUUAACCUGUUUUGUUUUGUUUUUCACAUUCUUUGCUUUUGAGCAUACAACAUUUUAAGGAGGAUGUUUUAUACAACCUGUAACUGUUUAAGGUUGUCACUCAUGUUACUUACCAUCCAAGCUUUAUUUUCAGUUCCAUAGUUGUGAUCCUAAUUUAAGUUUUAUGAAUUUAUUCACUAUGAAAAACUGUAUGUCAAAAAAUUAAAAAAAUAAUGUUAAAAUGUU